AUGAGUUAUAGGGGCAGAGGACGCGGAGGAUACAACAAUAACAACGGAAACAGGGGAGGAUUUUCCCAGCAAAAUGUUGACCAGUUUGCUGCUGCAAAUUCGGUCCCCGUGGAGAUUUUAGGCUGGAAUAAUGCCACUCAAGAAGAAUGUAUCAGUUUCAUUGCCAGAAAGACCAAAAUUUCCGUCAUGAAUGCAUCUGUAGAUCAACAAACGGGCAUUCUUAGAGGAUAUGUACGCACUGCUGCUGUGGCCGAUGAACUUACCCAAUGGUCUGGGGUUAAAUUCGCCGGUCAAUCACUUAAAAUCACCAAGGCAAUUGCAGUAAAUUCAAUUUCUGGUCAAAUGGGAUUAGGAGUUGCAACCAAUACCAACAAUUCCAAGGCCCCCAACACCAUCGAAACCAUAACUACUUUUCUCAAGUCAAGAUAUAACCCUGAACUGAAACUCUUGAACCUUAGUGCCGUCGAUAGAGACCCUCAAUUACAACAAGAGGGGUUUUUCGCAUCUAUUUCAACUACUUCCAAAUUUUUCCCUGCAUUAAUGAAGAUUGCUGAUGAACUUAAAUUAGAAGUUGAUAGUGUUGACGUUUCAGGAAAUAAUUUAAAAGAUCUUACAUCGAUUUCAACCUUGGCUCAAACUUUCCCCUUGUUGAAAAAUCUUGCUCUUCUGAAUAACAACAUCACCAACAUUAGAACGUUUGAACUCUGGAAAAGAAAACUUAACUUCUUACGUGAAUUAGUGGUGAUGAAUAACCCAUUGGUCAGCAACCUAAGACUGGCAAAUGAGGUAGAUAACAUUAAAUUGGAAAUGAUGAAAAACUUCCCAAGACUUGUCGUGUUAAAUGGUGAGAUUGUCAGAGAUGAGAAUAAACUUUUAUCACUAGUUUCGUUCCCAUUUGCAACUCAAGGAAUGUUUUUCCAAGAUGAAACAAUCCAACAAGUUUCCACCAAUUUCAUCACCAAUUUCUUCAAUUUAUGGGAUACAAAUCGUCAAGAAUUGAUGAUUUUAUACCAACAAGAGUCCCAAUUUUCAAUGCAAGUGGACUCUUCUCACCCACAUGUCAUUGAGAUCGAGUCAGGUCCCUCCACCAAUCUGAGAUCUUUCUCCUCAUACAACAAUUCCAAUAAUAAUAAUGACUCACCCUUUGGAUAUUAUAUUCCACAUUCUAGAAAUCUCACCAAGGUGUCUUCAGUCAAGUCAAAGAUGGCCAGAUUAGCCGUUGGUCAACAAAACAUUUUCAAGAUGUUUUCACAACUCCCCAAGACUCGUCAUGAUCUUCUUUCUAAUCCGAAUCUUUUCAGUUUGGAAAGUUAUAGCUACCCACAACUAGGAGGUAUUCUUUUGACCUUGCAUGGAUAUUUUGAAGAAACUGCCAUUCCUGAUGAUAACAGUGCCGUGACCAAUCCUUCUUCUCUGGGGGGAAACAAUAGAAAUAGAUUCCAAAAGAAUAAUAAUAAAAAGAUUCCACUUGGGAAAAAGAGUUUUGAUAGAACGUUUGUGAUUAUCCCUGGUCCAAAUGGAAGUAUGAUUGUUGCUAGUGAUUUGCUUACAGUGCGGCUUUUCGCCGAUGCAGAUGCAUGGAAUACACCAACUCCAACACCUGUUGUUCAAGCAGGUGUUCCAUCUCAACAAGUACCUACAAAUGUACCAGCAGCUGUACCAAAUGCUUCAAUUCCUGCAGUGCCAGCGGCCGCUCCAGGUGCACCAACUCCAAAUGAUCUUCCACCAGAUGUCAAGGCUAACUUGAACGAUUUGCAACAACAAAUCUUGGUACGUGUUUUGGUCGACACUAAGCUCAACUUUCAAUUUGCCAUCAUGCUCUGUGAACAGAGUCAAUGGGACUACCAACAAUGCAUCAAUAACUUCAAGCAAUCGGUGGCAACCCUCCCACCAACUGCAUACAUGUGA